GCACCGCACCGCACGCCGCACGGCACGGGAACGGGACGACGACGCGAGAUCCACGAGACGCGGCGCGACACACAACACAACACACGGUGACCUGCGUUCGACAUGUUCCACCGGCGAUGCGGCCACCGUGUCACCCUCAGCAACAACAACUGCACCGCCACGCGCAAUUUCUCCGAGUACAAUAACGGCCUGGUGUUCAGCGCCGAGCCGCUCCAGGACGACGAGCUCUUCGAAGUCACCAUCGACAAGAAGAUCAUAUCGUGGAGCGGCAGCAUAGAAAUUGGAGUAACGAAAUGCGAUCCCGAGACCCUGGACAUACCAUCCUGUGCCAUAAACCUCCGUCACGGAUCUUGGAUCAUGACCGGCUCCGGCAUUGUUCACAACGGCGACCGCAUCGUGGAGAUAUAUGGGAUGGAUCUUACUGAUCUGGAGGAGGGGAACACUUUGGGAGUCAUGCGGACGUCCAAUCACGAGCUGGUAUUCCACAUCAACGGUGUUUCGCAAGGCGUUGCGGUCAGCAGCAUUCCGGAGCGUAUCUUUGCUGUUGUAGAUAUGUACGGUGAUUGCGUACAGGUCAGCGUUGCUCACCCGAGACUUGCCGCUUUGUGCAACGUGCCGAAAGACGAAGUCGAGAUUAAUAAUGACUACGCUGUGGGGGAGACCUCUAGUUCCUCGACAACAAAUCUAGUCGCUAACUUAAACGUUAAUCUAAGUGUCAAUGUAAACGUUAAUUUACCGAAGAAUCCAACUCCCGCCGCGAUAAGGGAGGACAGGUUGAGGUUUCACGAGAGAGUUGGCUCGUUGGUGAAGCUCUCGAACAACGCCAGGACCGCCGAGAGGCGGAGGCCGCUCGACGAGUUUAACAACGGUGUCGUAAUGACUCACAGGCCGCUGCGAGAUAAUGAAUUAUUUGAGAUACGAAUAGAUAGGCUAGUAUACAAGUGGUCGGGAAGUAUAGAGGUCGGCGUUACCACUCACAGUCCUACGGCACUGGAGUUUCCAGCGACGAUGACCAAUAUGCGUUCAGGUACAACGAUGAUGUCCGGCUGUGGUAUUCUAACAAACGGCAAAGGUACGCAACGAGAAUACGGCGAAUUCAACUUGGACGAAUUGCGGGAAGGGGACCGUGUGGGAAUGAUUAGGCAAAGUAACGGAGAUCUUCACUACUUAAUCAAUGGCCUGAAUCAGGGUGUCGCUGCUAAAGUACCGGCGGGCGUAUGGGGUGUGAUAGAUCUGUAUGGAAUGACCGUGAAAGUAACCAUUGUCGAUCGCGACGAGAGAGAAGAGCAGAAUCUAGUCACUAGGAGAAACACAUUGCAGCUACAAGGUCUAGACAGCGAAGAAGCUGGUGAAGAAGAGCUACCUGAUAGACUGAUGUUUCAUCCCUGUUGUGGGACACACGCUGACGUAAUCAACAACGGACGUACAGCGCAUAGGCCCAAUGCCAUAGACGAUUUCAAUAACGGCGUGGUAUUGACGUCGAGGCCAUUGAAGCCGAAUGAGUUGUUCGAAGUCAGACUGGACAAAAUUGUCACUAAAUGGGCCGGUUCCAUCGAGAUAGGAGUCACCACGCAUUCCCCGACGGAACUGGAAUUCCCGUUUACCAUGACAAAUGUCAGAUCUGGCACGUGGAUGAUGACGGGCAACGGCGUGAUGCACAACGGUACCACCAUGAUAGAUCAAUACGGUCAGAAUCUGGACCGUCUGCAGAUCGGCGAUCGCGUAGGCGUGAUGAGGAAGGACAAUGCGACGCUACAUUUCUACGUGAAUGGCGCCGAUCAAGGUGUAGCUGCGAUGAACGUGCCCGAGAGGGUCUACGGGGUGAUUGAUCUCUACGGGCAGGCCGCCCAAGCUACUAUAGUCGACAACGUGGACUUUUACAGUCCGACCACAAAUAAUUCGAGCUUUAGCAAUACGACGUUAUAUAGCGAUCUAAGGUUUCAUCAUGUACACGGUAAAAACGCGCGGAUUACGAACAACGGUUUAACGGCGUCCAGGCCGCGAGCCCUGGGUGAAUUCAACGAAGCUAUUGUGAUUGCGAAUCGCGCGCUACGCGAUGGCGAAAUGUUCGAGGUGACGAUAGAUAAAAUGGUUGCCAGAUGGUCCGGUGCUAUAGAAGCAGGGGUCACUGUGAUAAGACCUGAUGAAUUAGAAUUUCCGUCUACGAUGACAGACAUCGAUCACGAUACGUGGAUGCUGUCCGGGUCGACAGUAAUGCGUGACGGUGUGACGUUGCGUAACAACUACAGCUGCGAUUUGGAUAAAUUGAUGGAAGGUAAUCGGAUCGGAAUGAUGCGGUGUUCGGAUUCCUCCUUACAUUAUUUCUUGGACGGAGUGGACCAAGGUCCUGCCUGUACUGGUUUACCGUCGAACGUUUACCCAGUGAUCGACUUGUAUGGUCAAUGCGCACAGGUGACGAUCGUGUUGCCCGAGCGGAGGGACCCUUUGACGCAGCAAUACUUGCCAUCAGAGAACAGUAUUAGUCAACAGCCGACUUCGGUAAUUCAGCCUCAGGUGCAAACUGAGAUUCUACACAAGUUCCACGAGUCGGUCGGGCUGAACAUUCAACUGAACAACGACAGAACAGUGGCGACAAGGUGUAGGGAAUACAAUAAUGCUGUCUUGUUGAGCGAGGCAGCGCUGGAGAAUAACGAGCUGUUCGAGAUCGCCAUUCAGGAAGUGGCGCGUGAGUGGAGCGGUUGCCUGAGAAUAGGUGUCCUGAGUAACGAGACGGGCAAUUGGUUAACGUCGAUGAAUCUCGUACCUGGUAUGACGUCCAUUCCAAGCGACGCUUGGUACUUGACGGGUAACGAGGUGAGACACAUGGGUUUCGCGCUCGCCUCGAACUACUGUACGAGCCUGGAUUGGUUGCGGGUGGGCGACAAGAUCGGUGUAAAGCGCACGCACGAGGGCAACCUGAAGUUCUACGUAAACGGCGAGGACAUGGGCGUGGCGGCGUCCGACGUGCCGGAGAUGGUGUACGCGGUGAUCGAGCUCUUCGGCAGCACUGUGGCCGUGAACAUCACCAGCAGCAGGCAGCAGAAUCCCGCCAUAUCCCCUAACGCUAGUUUGAGACUGCAAGACUCGCUGGAACUCCUGCUGGAUCCAAUGCCGCCGAGAAACGACGCGGGAAUGGACACGUCCAUCGAUGUGUCCGAAGGGAAACUGAUUAACGAGACGACGCUCACGCCGACGCAAGCCGCCGCCACCGGUUUAACCACCAGCGACGGAGAUUGGAGCUACGAAUUCCACGAGAAUCACGGCAGGAACAUUCAGCUCGAGACAAAAACGGUCGCCAAGCGAGUGGCCAGUUACAAUCAGGGCGUAGUGAUGUCCAGUCGUCCGCUGAUAAAGGGCAAACCGUUCCAAGUUAGAAUAGAGAAGCUAAACGAACGUUGGGUAUCGAAUAUCCUUUGUGGCGUUUCUUGCAUAUCGCCGGAGAAGCAGACCAGCUUCCCGUUAACGGCGCUCGGCUUUAAGAGGCACUCUUGGAUCAUCUGCAGCGAUUGGAUAUUUCACAACGGCACGAGGGUGAAGACGAAAUACGGCGCCGGCUUGGAGAACCUUCAGUUCAACUCUAUCGUGGGCUUGCUGAUCGACGAGGACAGUCGGCUACACUUAUUCAUCAACAACGUGGAUCAGGGAGUGGCCGCGACCGAUCUACCGCCGUACGUUUUCGCCGUGAUCGAUCUGUACGGGCAGUGCGAGCAAGUGUCCAUCGCGGGAGUCAACGAGGAGCCUUCCUACUCGAAUGUUGCAAUUGACAAUGCCCUCGCGGCUCCUAUCGAAUGCGCGAGCGUGGAAACGGAGGAUGUGGAGAAUUCGCGCGAGAAAGCCGACCUGGAGUGUCACGAGAAGGAGAACGCAAUGGCGACUACCUCGUCGGAUCUCUCACCGUCUUCGACAUCGCCGAGUGUGCCGAGUCAAUGCAGCUCGAACGCCAGGGACGGCAACCUCGAGGUCGAGUACUCAUCCUUCGGUAAUAAUAAUAGCGCUAAUGUGGCGAAAAAUAGCGUAGGCAUUAAAGCGACAUCGAGUAUCGACAGUAACAACUCGGACUCGGGCUCGGAGCUCAGCAACGAGCGAAGUGUCUGGACCAAGGCGUACCUGGACAACGUUGUGCUGCCAACGUUGAACAAGCAGCCCGAGAACAAUUCGAGCGAGUCGAAUCUCGACGCGGAGAAUCGCGCCUUAUGUACAAACGUAGAGAUAAACAACGCGACUAACAUUAACAUACAGAAAGGCAUGGUCGCCAGCGCGAGUAACAUGACCAGCUUGAACGCGGCGAUCACCGCGGCGAACGCCAACAACGCGAUUAACGAAAGCAUAGCGUCCAAUAGUCAAGUCAAUAUUGUAAGCAGCACGCAGCAGAACAAUUUGUCGGAUCUUCCCAACAACGUUUGCGCCGGCUUCCACGAGUCGCGGCCCUACGCGACGAGUCGGGACAACAUCCGGGACAACUCCUUCAACGGGAACAUACCUCCGAGCCAGAACAUAACGGCCAAUCAACGGGAUGUGCCGUAUAAUGCGUCCUCGGUACCAUUUAUGCCGUCGUCGUUACCGUCCACUCCACUCGGGUCCACCGUCGUCGCGUCGUCCAGGAAGUGUGACUAUCUGAAGGUGUGCAUGCAGCUGAAGAAGUCACUCGUUCUGCCAGACGAGUUUUUCUCCACUGAUGAGAUACUGUGCUACUGCAGCGCGUGCUACAAAGUGGACGGCGACAAUGCGAUCUGCAAGAAGGGUGAGCCGCCGGCGGAAUUCGCGAUACCGGUCGGCUGGGCCAGGUUCCCACUGAAGCAGAGCAUCAAUGCCAAUCAGAUCCCACAGAGCACGACGGACAAGUGGCACGUUGCGUUUUAUGGCAUACGUCUGGACGCGAUAAGAUUGAUCCUGGAUAGAGGAGAGCUAAUGACCAAAGAGCAACUGGACCUGAGUAACUUGACAGCGGGCACAAAGAGCGAGGAUCAGAAUCCCCAAGUGUCGUUUUCGCCUAGCAUCAAGUAUGCCGCGUCCGACGAAUUCACGAGAAAGUACCCAUAUAUCGAUAUGCAGUCGAAUAAGAAACUGAACGCAUCGACCGCGUUCCAAUUGCUAGUGAGACCCGGCUCGUAUACGAUCAGUCCCGGCGACAAGGACAGUACCGAUCUGCAUUGCGAGUCCAGCAAGUGGGCCACCAAGGAAGCCGGAGCCACGGUGAUCGUCGCUCUGCUCGUUCACCUGGACGGAUUUUAAUCCGUGCCCCAUUUCCGAAAGUGUUUUCCGUGAACGUGUGUUUUCCCGUCACGUUUGUGCGCAUCGAGCACUCCCGCAAUCGGACCGUGACUGUUUGUACAUACAAUGUGCCGUUCGUUAACAGGAACUGUGGUAAGAGACUCUCGAGAUCGAUAUAUUUCAAUUCCGUCGAAAUCGCGCUGUAUAUUUAUGUUAGACUCCGCGCAAGUUCCCUCGUGUGCGCUUAGCCGUUAAUGGACCUUACCAAAAGAUUUAUGUGCUCGAGGUUUUAAUGAUCUUUUAACGUUUAAUGCUUAAACUGUACAGUAUGGAUGAUUAUAUAAUAUAGCUACGUUUAUUUACAUAUAGAAUCCAAUAGGAAAGGGUUCGUUGUAGAUUCGCUGGUUAGCUAUAUGACAAUUUUGUGAUGCACUGUAAAAGACUUUUAAUUAGCGUAAGUUUUAAACGUUUUAUCACACAUGUGUCACAUGUACUGUCGCUAGACUGGCCUAAGUUAAUGCUCACGAGAACAAAUGGUGUGUGAAAUACAUGGUAUUAUUAUACGGUGAUGAUAUUUGCCGUCUUGUGCGAAGAGAACACAGUAUUUUUGACGCCCGCGCUUCACGCCUAAUCGAUAUACCAAAUCUGUAUUGUAUCGCAUUAGUAAGUAAAUCUCAAGACACGACACAAUUUUUUUAACGCACUCUUCUGCAGCAUAUUCGAUAGGAAAGAAAUCGUGUAAUAUGUCUAUGUUGUAGAAAUAAAUGCAAGUGCAAUUCGCAUUGCGAAA